UUUAACUGACGCUGCAAAAUUAGGAAACUAACGUUUUAAUUUUUGUUGCAAACCAAACCGUUACUUCCCAUUCCCUUUCCUAUUCCCAUUUCCAAUCCCACGUUAUUUAGGAAAACUCACUCUGUUAUUUAUAUAUGUAUAUUCAGCCCCUUAUUCAUUCCAUUCCACAAGUUAUACCAACAAAAGUUCUUUGUUUUAGUAUUGUUUAUCAAUGGCUGAAGUAUACGGAGUUCCUUUCUACAGUGACCAAAUAGAAGUUACUGUAACCAAGAAUGCAAUUGUUGUUAAUGACUGGAUUUUGCAUACUAUUCAUACUCAUAGGCGAAGACUACACAAGCUUCUUAUUGGUCUUGAUAUCGAGUGGCUCCCUUAUUUCAAUCCAAAAGACAAACAACCAGUUGCUCUUCUCCAACUUUGUGUAGGCCGGCGUUGCCUUCUUUUUCAACUCCUACACAGAGAUUCCAUGCCCGGAUACCUCGCACAGUUUCUGAGUAACCCAAAUUUCACAUUCGUUGGUGUCGGGGUUGAGGGAGAUGCUGAGAAGUUGAUGUGUGAUCACAGGCUUUUUGUCACGAAUACUGUGGAUUUGAACCGACUUGCAUUGUCGUAUUAUGGUGAAUAUGUGUAUGGAAACAUGGGGUUGAAGAGAAUGGCAAAAGCAGUACUUGGGAAAGUAAUGGAAAAGCCAGAGAAUGCUACUUUGAGUAAGUGGGAUGCUGAGAAUUUGAGCUAUGAACAACUUGAAUAUGGUGCUAUUGAUGCUUUUGUGUCGUUUGAGAUUGGAAAGAAAUUGUUCAAUGAAAUGGCAGAGAGAGAGAGAAGGAAUUGAAUUGCCAUUAUCAGCCAUUGAACUUCCAUUAUCAGCGAUUUAAUUGCCAUUUUCUGCCACUGAAUUGCCAUUAUCAACCAUUGAAUUGCCACUAUCCGCCACGGCAAC